AAACUCACAAGGACACAGAGUACGUGAUACUCUCAAGACCUCUUUUCGGGACUUUUUUGUGUGAAGUCAGUUACAGGGGGGCAAUGUAUAAGGCACAGAGGUUCUGUGCCCUUUCAAGGAGAUGUAUAAAAAAUGUUUGGUCCAGAUAUCAAGCAGAAAGCCUGACUGGCGCCGUACGAUCUACACAAGUUGUGCGCCAUAUUUCUACUAUUGACUUACUUCAUCCAAAACAUGACGACUUUUCGGAGCGACAUAUCGGUCCUGGUGAUGCUGAGAAAAGGGCUAUGCUGGAUUUUCUUGAACUGAAGGACAUAGAUGAUCUCAUUCAUCAGGCAGUGCCAGGCAACAUACUUAUGGACAGGCCCUUACAACUGGACCCACAGCUAGGCGAGCUUGAACUGAUUGAGAGACUUUAUCACAUUGCUGGUAAAAAUGAUGUGUGGCGAAGUUACAUUGGGAUUGGCUACUACAACACCUACACCCCUCACACCAUCCUCAGGAACAUGUUUGAGAAUCCAGGAUGGACAACCCAGUACACACCAUACCAGGCUGAACUGGCCCAGGGUAGACUAGAGUGCCUUCUCAACUACCAAACCAUGGUUUGUGACAUGACACGCCUGCCUGUAGCAAACGCUUCUCUCCUGGAUGAGGCGACUGCCGCAGCUGAAGCAAUGGGGCUCUGCUACAGACAUAACAAACGACGGAAGUUUUACAUCGACCGCAAGUGUCAUCCCCAGACUAUUGGUGUUGUGGAAACUAGAGCAAGUGCCCUUGGCAUCGAGGUAAAGCGAGUUGAUUGGAAGGAGAUGGAACUGUCCAAUCGAGAUGUGUGUGGAGUGUUGAUCCAGUACCCAGACACAGAUGGAAGCGUAUUUGAUCACACAGAGUUGGUGGUGAAAGCCCACGCUAAUGGGACCCUGGUGGUAUGUGCUACAGAUCUGUUGGCCCUGACCAUCCUACGGCCGCCAGGAGAGUUUGGAGUGGACAUUGCUGUGGGGUCCAGUCAGAGAAUGGGGAUCCCCAUGGGAUAUGGGGGACCACAUGCUGGAUUCUUUUCUACACGCAACAGAUUCAUGCGUCUAAUGCCUGGGAGAAUGAUUGGAGUUACCAGGGAUGCUAACGGAAAUGAUGCAUACAGAUUGGCGCUGCAGACAAGAGAACAACACAUACGUCGAGACAAGGCUACCAGUAAUAUCUGUACUGCACAGGCUCUCCUGGCCAACAUGUCAGCUAUGUAUGCUAUAUAUCAUGGACCAGAUGGACUGAAGCAUAUUGGUAAACGGGUUCAUCAUGCCACUCUUAUCCUGGCUGAAGGAAUAAAGAAAGCAGGCCAUAACCUUAGGACAGAGAUGUGUUUUGAUACACUUCGAUUCAUGCCAAAGAAUGGCCAGGCUGAAAUUCUUCACAGAGCUAGUGUAAAAAAAAUUAACCUCCGUUACUAUGGAGAUGGCCAUGUGGGCAUUUCCUUAGAUGAGACUGUGGAGAGGACAGACUUGAAGGAUCUCUUGGAAAUUGUUGGCUGUCGAGAAUCAGCGGAUUCACUGGCUGAAGAGCUAGGUCCAGAACCAGCCACCAGCAUAAGGAGCUCUCCCUUCAGGAGGACAAGUACCUUCCUGCAACAUCCGGUUUUUAACAGAUAUCAGUCGGAGACCAACAUUGUACGAUACAUGAAGUACCUAGAAAACAAGGACUUAUCAUUGGUCCACUCAAUGAUUCCACUUGGCUCCUGUACAAUGAAGCUCAACAGUACAACUGAAAUGAUGCCUUGUUCCUGGAACGAGUUUGCCAACAUCCACCCUUUUGUACCAUUGCCUCAGACAGAAGGAUACAAAGAGAUGUUUGAGGAAUUGGAGAGAGAUUUGUGUGAAAUUACCGGUUACGAUAAAAUCUCAUUCCAACCCAACAGUGGUGCUCAAGGGGAGUAUGCUGGACUGAGAGCAAUUAUGGCCUACUUAAAGGCUAAAGGACAAGCACAGAGAACAGUUUGUCUGAUCCCCGUGUCGGCUCACGGUACCAAUCCUGCUAGUGCCCAGAUGGCGGGGAUGAAGAUCCAGCCCAUUAAUGUAGACAAGAAUGGUUCUGUAAACAUGGAACACCUUGCAGCCAUGACGGAAAAGCAUAAAGACACACUUGCUUGCCUGAUGGUUACCUACCCAUCAACAAAUGGAGUGUUUGAUAAGGACAUCAGGGAUAUCUGUGAUAUGAUUCACCAUUAUGGGGGACAAGUUUACCUUGAUGGGGCCAACAUGAAUGCUCAGGUUGGAAUCUGUCGUCCAGGAGACUAUGGAUCAGAUGUGUCCCAUUUAAACCUUCACAAAACUUUCUGUAUCCCCCAUGGUGGAGGAGGGCCAGGAAUGGGACCUAUUGGAGUGAAAAAGCACUUGGCACCAUACCUGCCCACACAUCCAGUUAUCCCACCUUAUGGAACUACUGGUCCAGAGGCCAAGUCAUUUGGAGUUGUUUCAGCUGCUCCCUUUGGGUCCAGUGCCAUCCUCCCUAUUUCCUGGGCUUACAUUAAAAUGAUGGGAGCCAAAGGCUUGCGUCAUGCAUCGGAGAUUGCCAUCCUCAACGCCAAUUAUAUGAGCAACAGACUAGAGGGCUAUUAUAAGACGCUGUACAAGAAUGAAAAUGACCUUGUUGCACAUGAGUUCAUCCUUGAUUGUCGAGAGUUCAAGAAAACUGCUAACAUUGAAGUGAUGGAUAUAGCCAAGCGACUACAGGACUAUGGUUUCCACUCUCCCACAACUUCCUGGCCUGUGGUAGGCACCCUCAUGAUUGAACCAACAGAAUCAGAAGACAAGGAGGAACUGGACAGAUUCUGUGAUGCUCUCAUUGCAAUACGAAAAGAAAUCCAGAUGAUCGAGGAGGGGAAAAUAGAUUCUCGAAACAACCCUAUAAAGAAUGCUCCACACAGUCAGGCAGUUGUCAUGGGGACACAAUGGGACUAUCCUUAUACUAGAGAGGUAGCAGCUUUUCCAUUGCCCUACAUUCUACCUGAAUCAAAAUUCUGGCCUACAGUGAGCCGUAUUGAUGAUAUUUUUGGAGACCAGAACCUAGUGUGUACCUGUCCACCAAUGUCCAGCUAUGAAUCUCCCUAUGUAGACAAACUUAAGAAAGAAAAGGUGGCCACGGCAUGAAAUUUUAAAAUGGAAUUCAAAGCACUACAAGAAUACUGAAGAUUCUAGAAAAUGAGUGAUAUUGAAUACAGUUUGACCUUUAAGAUCUAUGUAGAAUUUCUUUUGUUUAGAACUAGAAUCAUCAACUUUUGCUGAUUAAACAUGUGAUUGAUGCAAUGUACUUUGACUUUAUGUGAAACAGAGCUUUAAUUUAUAUAUUAGAGAGUUCAAAGGUGUAAGUUUAAAGGUUUUAAGGCAGAAGUCAACAGGAAUGAUCUGGUGAUUCAGGAUCAGUAUAAUGUAAUGAAUUAUUUAUAAUUUUGAUUAUUUCAUGGUGAAAUUAUGUAAAUUAUUGACACUUCCAUAAGGUUAUGUAUGUGUGAAGGCAGUGGUGUUGUCUUGCUGAUGUGUGUAAGGGCAAGAACAAUGACUGGUUUGUGUGUGAGGGUACACACAUUGUUUUGUUGGUAUGUGUGAGGGUUUGGAUAUUUUUGUGACUAAUCUGAAUGCAAGGGCAUUGACACUUUCUGGCUGGCAUGUUUGAGAGAAUGGACACUGUCUCACUGGCUUAUGUGAGAGCAUGGGCAUUGCCUGGCUAGCAUGUGUGAAUGAUGUCUGAUGUAUAAGAGGGUAUUUUUUGCUGCCUAAUAGUGGGUAUAAGGGCAUGCACAUUGCCUCUGACAAAAAUAUGUAGGAAGGUGUAUACAAUACAAACUUGUUUUGUUUUACAACAACUGUAAAACAGGCUAUCAUCUUACAUGAAUUACUCUUGUUGGCCUAAAUGGGAUCUUACUGUAGGAGAAACCGGAGUAACCAGGGGAAAACCCACCUGAUCGGGUAGGCGACACCCACACCUUUUCACAUCUGUUACAUGGUGUUAGUCUGGUAUGUACGAUGACAUUUGUAUUUUCUGUGAUAUUUGAAUGCUUUUAUAAUGUUAAUUUAUUAUAUAUGAGGGCAUUAUUUUUGUGUGAUGGGGGUGUAUGAGUGUAUGAAUACUGAAUGACUAGUGUAUAUGAGGGAAGAUAUAUUGUCUGUCUGAUAUAUAUUGUCUGACUGGUGUGUGUGUGUGAGGACAGGGAUGUCUGACUGAUAUGUAUGAGGGCAUUAGUAUUGUCUGACUGGUGUGUGUGUGAGGGCAGUGAUGUUUGACUGAUAUGUAUGAGGGCAUCAGUAUUGUCUGAAUGGUGUGUGUGAGGGCAGAGAUGUCUGACUGAUAUGUAUGAGGGCAUCAGUGUUGUCUGACUGGUGUGUGUGAGGACAGGGAUGUCUGACUGAUAUGUAUGAGGGCAUCAGUAUUGUCUGACUGGUGUGUGUGAGGACAGUGAUGUCAGAUUGGUGUGUAUGAGGGCAUCAGUAUUGUCUGACUGGUGUGUGUGAGGGCAUCAAUAUUGUCAGACUGGUGUGUGUGAGGACAGGGAUGUCUGACUGAUAUUUGUGAGGGCAUCUGUAUUGUCUGACUGGUGUGUGAGAGCGGAUAUGUCUGACUGAUAUGUAUGAGGACAUCAGUAUUGUCUGACUCAUGUGUGAGGACAGAGAUGUCUGACUGAUAUGUAUGAGGGCAUCAGUAUUGUCUGACUCGUGUGAGGACAGUGAUGUCUGACUGAUAUGCAUGAGGGCAUCAGUAUUGUCUGAUUCAUGCAUGAGGGCAUCUGUAUUGUCUUACUGGUAUGUGAGUGCAGAGAUGUCGGACCGAUACGUAUGAAUGCAUUUGUACUUAAUACUAACUAGUGCGAGAGGAAGAAUGCUGCGUGGCUGAUUUCAGUGAAUUUGUGGGUAAGGACUUUGACCUGAUUUUAUACCUUUAGGCCAUGCUGAUAAAACUGCUGAAAUACAAUUGACAUCUUAAUUAGAAAAAUAAAUACCAUAUAUGGUAUUUAAGAAUCAAUGACACAUGCAUCAAGUUUAUGAUAGUAUUUUUUUCUUGUUAUCCUUAUUGGAUAGUACUGUAAGUAAGGGCUACUAUUUCUUCUCAAACAUCUGUUUUCUGUUGAAGUAAAGGUGAUAAUUGUCCCACUAUUAAAUGAUAGUAAAUUUAUUGAUGGUUUUAUCACAUAUCUGAUUCCAACACAUCUUGCUUACUUAAUCAUCAGAGUUAUACUUCCACUUUGCAAAAUGCUGAAAAUUUAGAACAUCUGCAUAUAUGAAUGGAUGUCUGUUGUUUGGAUAAGUUAAUGUUAGGGUACACCUGUAAUCAGUGCUGAGGUUAAUGGUCAAGGUCACAAUACACCUGUAUUCUGUUCUGAGGUUAAAUGUUGAGGUCAUCACACCUGUAUUCUGUUCUGAGGUUUAAGGUUGAGGUCACCACACCUGUAAUCAGUACCGAGGUUAAUAUUUGGGGUCACAGUAUACCUAUAUUCAUUAGCGACUUAAAAGAUCAAGACUGUCGUAUACCAGGUCCCUAUACUGAUAAUGAGAAAGGAUAAGAUCAUAGCUCACCUGUAUUCAUCAGGUGAAGCUUAAAUUAUAAAAUCAUUUAAGUCCAGAAAGUGACCGUACAGCAGAAAAUUAUUGUUUCUUAAUUCAGUCAUGUAUAAUCUGUGUUAAAAAAAUCUGUUUUGUUAUUUUUUUAUUUGAAUUUAGAACCUACUGUUCUUUGAGAUAAAUCUAUUCCUUAUGACUGAUUUGAUAAAUAUGCAAAAAAAAUGCAUCAAAGCAAUCACCAUGCAAUAUUUAAUACAACACACCUUUGUUUAUUGUUGUUUUUUUUUUUAAAUGUAACAAUGUUGUUUAUUUUGUAUUUCUUUUAUAUAUAUAUAUUAGUAUAUAACUACAACUUACCUUUGUUUUCAGUACUAUUUUUAUGGGCAGAUGAAAAUAUUCAAUAAAUUAGAAUUAAUCUAGUUACACCAGUGUACCUCUGACCACAAUCUGUCCAUAUCCCUUUAUUGUUAGGAAGGUAAAAGACACCUUUUCUUGUAUAGAAACCAAACCAAUGAUGUUGGUGUAGAGAUACAGAGGUUGAUAUUAUGUUGUAUUCAAGUACAUAAAGCAAGACACUUUUUGGUUUUCUCUACACCACUAUCAUAACAUGUAUACUGUAUUGUGUACAUGUAUUUGAUUUAAUACUUGUGUAUGUAACAGGGAGAUCUGAUUUUAUGUAUAUUGUAUAAUACACAAGAAUACAUUCUGUACUGAAAAGAAAAUAAUAAGUGAUAUAUAUAAUGUUACAUGCAUGUAUUGAAAAGAACAUGAUGUAUAAUGAUGAUGUGUAUUUUAUACAUGAAUACACUAUAUAACGAGUAGAGCAGAAUAGCUUAUUUAUACAUAUGGAAGACAGAAUAGUAAUUUCUAAUGAUAAUAAAUACUGUAUUAUGUGCAUGGAUACACUGUGAUGUUGUGUAUAUAGACAUGGAUGAUUGAUGGAUUUAGUGUAAAAUACAGUGUUAUACAUACAUAAUAUACAUUGUAUUUUGUAAAUGAAUACACUGAUGUUGUGCAUGGUAUUAAAUACAUUGUAAUACAUGUAUAUAAUCUACAUUGUAUCAAGUACAUGAAUACACUGAUGUUGUGUAUGGUAUUAAAUACAUUGUAAUACAUGUAUAUAAUCUACAUUGUAUCAAGUACAUGAAUACACUGAUGUUGUGUAUGGUAUUAAAUACAUUGUAAUACAUG